AUUAUUUUCAUCAGAUACCUAUUAUAAUAUAUUCUUUUUAUUUUUUUUUUUUUUUUAAUGCAUGUUGAAUUUAUGAAUACAGGUAACAAACUAUAUAUUUAAAACAAUUAAAUAAAUAUAUUUAUUUUUCAUAUGUGAUGUUUUAUUGUGUAUUUAUUAUAGUAGAUAAGUAUGAAAAUAUACUAACUAUGUAGGUAAAUAAAUUCUAUAACAACUUAAUAAUAUUAAAUUAAUAAAUUGCAAUACAAAUUAAUUGUAUAAUUCAAUACUUUAAUGAAGACAUUUUUAUUUUAGUAUAUUAAUAUAUUGCUUUAAUAUAAAAAUCUACUUAUUCAGUUGAUACCUGUUUAUAUUAGGUAUAUUAUCAUGUAUACAUAUUUAUACAAAAUAUACCUAUUUAUAAAAUUAUUGCAUUGUAUUGUAAUUUUUGAAUGUAUAAAAUAAACUUAAAUUUAUUUUAAAAACUUACAUUACAAAUUAAUAAAAUUAGUAAAACUAUCAAAUCGUUUGAAAUACCAUUAUUUAGGUUAAUCUACUAUUAGGUAACAUACAGAUAAUAAAAUAGGAAACUAUUAUUAUUUAACAUAUAAUAAACAGUUAACUUGCAUUACACACUAAUAUUCUUAAUAAAUUAUAAAAGUAUUUUAUAGUAGUAUUAAUAAAGUAUUUAGCAUUUCAAUAAUUCUAUAUUGGCCUUGAUAAUAUCAUUCUUUUAAAAAGAACUCACAUUUUAUUAGUACAUAUUAUGAUCUUUUAUACAUGAAUAUAUAUAAAUGUAUUUUAUUUUUUAGAUUUAAAUUAAGUUCAACACUUGGAAAUGAUGUUAUUCUCUACUAAUGAUAAUGUCGAUAAUGUUGAUAUCCCAGAAUGGAAAAUUAAUGACUUGGAUCAUAUUAUAAUAAACAUUGAAAAGUAUUGUAACAAACUAAUUUAAAUUAAAAUUAUUUAAUUAUUAUUUUAUUUAAAUUUCAGUAAAGCGAUUUCAUCAAUUACAACUAUUAGCGAUAAUCUCAAUACCAAAACACUUGACGACUUCAAUUCUACAAAAUGGCAAAACAUUAAUUUGGAUGAUAUUCAAUCUGAUAGUGAAAGGUAAGAUAAAAAUUUUGUUUAAACUUUAAAUAUUUAAUCAUUAUUUUAAUUCAAUUUUAGUUACUCAAAUAAUGAAUUACCUAUUUCAUCAAUUGCAAAUGUAUUACAUCCAAUUGAUAGUUGUAAUAUUGUAAAGUGCGAAGAAGUUAAUAAAUCUCAGUUUAUUGAUUGUCAAACAGAACUAAGAAAAAAUGACUAUUUAAAAUCUGAAAGAAGUCUAAUAUCAAGAAAACAAGAAAUUAUUUUGAAUGAUAUAAACAGGAAGUAUGAAUGUGAUAUAUGUGGACAAAUAUUUUAUCAACGUAUUCUAAUUAUUAAGCAUUUUAGAACUAGUUUAUGCUUUCCAGAAAGCCCUUUUGAUUUUGAAAAUGAUGUUUCUAAUUACUAUUUGGGUAAACAUUUUAAAAAUUCAAUGUUGUCUAAUAUAAACAAUGCAAAUAAUUGUAUUACUAAUAACACAAACAAUAAUGAUGAGUUCAAAAUUGGCCAAAUUGUAAUUCAAAAAAAGAAGUUUGUAAAUAAACAUCAAAUAUUGCAUUCUAAAGAUAAUAAUUUAAAAUGUGAUAAUUGUUUAAACUUGAACAAUACCACAUAUGAAAAAAAACACCAUGUUAAAGACAAAUACAAAUGGACAUGUAAAACUUGUAGGCAAUCAUUUAGUAGAUUGUCUUUAUUAAAUACUCAUAAAUACAUUCAUCCAGAAAAUGAAAUGGUUAACUGUAAUAAAUUGAACGAAUCAUGCUUAAGUUUAAGUUCUUUAGAAAAACAUAAAAUAAAUCAUAUUUGUCACAAACAAUUUUCUGAAUUAUCAUUAUUAACAGCACAUGAAAGGAUUCACAAAUUGAACCGUGUCAAUCAAUGCCAAAUUUGUCAAAAAUGUUUUACUUCAAAAUUAUCUGUAACCAAGCACAUCAGUAGAAUGCAUAAUUUACGUAAAAAUUAUGAAUGUUCAAGAUGCUCAAAAGUAUUUCAUAAGCGUUCUGAAAUAGUGAUUCAUAUUUUCAAUGAUCACCAAGAAGACUAUUCAAUUUUUAGUUGUGACCCAUGUUCAGAAUUGUACGAGUCUUCACAGGAAUUCAUUUUGCAUUUAGAAACCAAUAUGUUAAAAUGUGAUGUGUGUCCUCAAUCAUUUAUUACAUCUUAUAGACUUCACCAACAUUAUAAAUGGCAUCUUGGAAUAAAUAAUUUUAUCUGUCAAUACUGUCCUAAAAUCUUUUCAAAAUUUUCUGAUUAUUUUUCACAUGAAAGAACACACACAAAAGAAAAACCAUUUAGAUGCAAUUUUUGUGGUAAAUGGUUCCCAGUUAAAUCUAAUAUGAAUAUUCAUUUAAGAUUUAAAAAUCCCUCGGCAUGUAAUAAUAAUCAAAACAUAAUAAAACAGGUAUAUUCAAAAAAAAAUCAGUUGAAAAGUAUGUGUUAUAAUAAGGUAUUAAAUCAAUCAUCAGCAGUAUAUAAUAUACAGCAUACAAGUCGACAACUUUAUGAGUGCAAUGUAUGUCAAAAAUCAUUUAUUCUAUUACCAUCAUUAAUUUCACAUUUAAAAACUCAUACAAACCAACAAUUACAGAAAAAUAAUUUUACUAAUAAUAAUUGUAUAAAAUCACAUAAAAACAAUUCAGUAGCAGACAUAAACUAUGGGUAUUAUAAAUGUUAGUUUUGUCAAGAAAAAUUUGUUGACCGAAAUAUUUGCAUUGCUCAUGUUACAUCAUGUCAGAAUGUAUUUAGUAUUACUUUUGCAUUUGAAGAAAAAAAUAUGCCUUUUAACUUGAAUAUAAAUAAUGACAUAAACUCGACUAAAAUAUAAAUGUGAUCUUUGUAUGAAAAUAUUUUAAUUAUUUUAUUUUUAUUAAAUC